CCACUCAGCAAGCCCCGAAUUACCAACGGAACAAAUUGAAUUUACAUGUAUCCAUGGCUCACGAUGACAUAGACAUACAUCUACUUUCUCUGGGACACUUCUCACCAUGCGCAUCCCAUACGUCUCUGACCCACCACCAACGAGCACCGGCGAGGAAGCAGAUAUUCUGGCCCGAGUACAAGCUCGACGCGGUCCACGCGGAUUGAUUCCCCUGGACCGCGCUCUUCUCCAUUCAUUCCCCGUCGCGGACGGCUGGAACUCAUUCCUCGGGGCCAUCAGAACCCGGACAAGUUUGCCUGCUGACAUCCGCGAACUCAUCAUCUGUCGGGUAGCCGCGAUAAAUGGAGCAUGGUUUGAAUGGGAGCAUCAUGCGCCAUUACUGACGGAGGCCGGGUUGAGUGAGGAGGCAUUGGGUGUGGUUCAGGAUGCGCAGGCCGAUAUCCCAAAGAAAGUGGAUGAGAAGGUGUUGAGUCAGGCGCAGGGCGUGGUGUUGAAGUAUACAGAUGCGAUGACGAGAACAGUAUCUGUUCCUGACGGGGUAUUCCAAGCACUCAGGGAGGAGUUCAAUGAGAGAGAGGUAGUGGAGAUUACGGCGACUGCGGCGGCGUAUAAUUGCGUUAGCCGUUUCCUUGUUGCGCUGGACGUUGGUGAGAAGAAUAGGCAGUGACUCUCUAGUAUCUUCUGGUAUUCAAUGCUGCGGAUCGUCUGAAUUUGAAGGGCACCUAGGUAGACAGCCAAUUGGACAAGUAGGGAGAGAAUAGACGUGAAUGUGUCACAAUUUGAAUCUGUAGGAGGUACCUGGCCGCUUCGGCAUACCGGAUUGAGCCCCGGUAACAAUGGCGAGGGAAUAUCCCCAGUGACUUGCAAU